GAAUUUGUCGACGGUCCCUAAAACACCGGGGAUCCACGCUGAAUGUCUGUCGAAUAUCCUACCUAAAACUAACUUCAUCACGGUAACGCAGCGAGCGUAAUGCCUCCGGCAGAAGGAGAAUCUCUCCUUUUCUCUCGUGUGCGCCAAAUGAUGCUGCGCGCUGAUUGGCUGUGGGCUUCGUGCUCCAUCCUGCACGCGCUGACGCAGAGCCGCGACCAGCCACGGCGGGGUGUUCAGUCGGCGCUCCUCCCGGUGAUCCCCGGCUCCUCUCCCCGCCGCUGCUCCUCACACGCGCUCAUGAGUGGCCGCUCCAGCCCAACGGAUCCGAACCAACACACCAUGCCAGCCAACUGCAUUAUGCGCUGUCGCAGGUUAUUGCUACUUUUGCGCCCUUUGAGGAGGUAGGCGCAAGCUUGCAUCACCAUGGAUUACCUUUUUCUCCUCAUUUGGACUUUACCUGUCCCGCUGGUCGGCUGCACCUCAGUCAGGCUGCUCUCCACCCUCUUGUCCUGGAAUAUCAUCAAGACUCUGCACAUCUACUGCACACACUCUGUUUUGGCCAGCUCCUCUUUCAGCAGCAGCCACGGAUUAAAUCAUGACUACAUCAUUGUGACCCCAGUGGAGGUGGACUCUGACGGUGCAUAUCUGACACACGACGUAGGCAGGAGAAGCCACCGCAGCAGGAGGUCUCUCUCUUCUUCUUUGCACUACAGUUUCUCUGCCUUUGGGCAGGACUUGCACCUGGACCUGCGUCCGUCCUCCGUGGUCGGUCCCGGGUUCACCGUACAGACUCUUGGCUCAGGCGGCAUCUCCACGGUAACUGGAGAUGCGGGAUUUCGCAACUGCCUGUAUCAGGGAUUUAUCCGCAACUUGUCAGAAUCCUCUGCAGCGAUAUCCACGUGCUCUGGGCUGUCAGGUCUGAUUCGUGUUUCUCAGGAGGACUAUUUGCUUGCGCCGCUACCCCAACAUUUAGCCGAGCAGCACAACUACAGCGCCCCCGCUGGUCAUCACCCACACGUGGUCUACAGGCGUUCAGCAGAUCACAUUGUUCACAGGAAGACCAGAAGCUCAUCUGGAAGCAGUUCCUCCAGAUCGGACGAUUCGUACCUUCACCAUCUUCAGCGGCAGCAGAGUUUUGGAUCCCAACCCGGAAAACUGCAGAGGCGACACUUCUGCGGGCGCCGCAAGCAAUACACUCCCAAACCUCCUGCAGAAAACCUUUUUAUCAUGCCUGAUGAGUACGCCACUCCUGAGGCGGGAGAGCCGGCGAGGGCCAAAAGAUCGCCCAUCAACUCGAACAGGGUGGGAGGUCUGAAUGUGGAGACCCUGGUGGUGGCAGACAGGAAGAUGCUGGAGAAGCACGGAAGGGAGAACGUCACCACCUACGUCCUGACUGUCAUGAACAUGGUUUCCAGUCUAUUCAAAGACGGCACCAUUGGAACGGACAUCAACAUUGUUGUCGUUAGCUUGUUGCUGUUAGAACAAGACCCACUCGGCUUGACGGUAAAUCAUCAUGCUGACCAGUCCCUGAACAGUUUCUGUCAGUGGCAGUCGGGCCUGGUGGGGAAAGGAGGCAAACGGCACGACCACGCUAUUCUCCUGACUGGACUGGACAUUUGUUCCUGGAAGAAUGAACCCUGCGACACGCUCGGAUUUGCCCCCAUCAGUGGCAUGUGCAGUAAGUACAGGAGCUGCACCAUCAAUGAGGAUACAGGACUCGGCUUGGCCUUCACCAUCGCCCACGAGUCUGGACACAAUUUUGGGAUGAUCCACGAUGGAGAAGGAAACCCCUGCCGCAAAACAGAAGGGAACAUCAUGUCCCCCACCCUGGCCGGAAACAAUGGAGUGUUUUCCUGGUCCACCUGCAGCAGACAGUACCUCAGCCGCUUUCUUGGAACAGCCCAGGCGUCGUGUCUCGGCGAUGAGCCCAAGCAGAUCGGUCAGUACAAAUAUCCUGAGCAGCUUCCAGGGCAGCUGUAUGACGCCGACACGCAGUGCAAGUGGCAGUUUGGAUCCAAGACCAAACUGUGCAGUCUGGAUUUUGUCAAGGACAUCUGCAAGUCGCUGUGGUGUCAUCGCGCAGGACACCGCUGUGAGACCAAGUUCAUGCCUGCAGCAGAGGGAACCACCUGUGGUCCAGACAUGUGGUGCCGUAAAGGUCAGUGUGUUAAGUAUGGAGAUCAUGGUCCUAGAGCCAUCCACGGUCAAUGGUCAGCCUGGUCCCAGUGGUCCGACUGCUCCAGAACCUGCGGUGGAGGGGUCAUGUACAGGGAGCGGUCCUGCAAUAGCCCAAGGCCACAGAAUAAUGGUAAAUUCUGUCCAGGAUCCGGCCGUCUCAAUCAGCUGUGUAACCCUCAGUCAUGCCCCGUCAAUGCUGUGGACUUCAGGGCCCAACAGUGCAGCGAAUACAACAGCAAGCCUUUCAGGGGCUGGUACUACAAGUGGAAGCCCUACACCAAAGUGGACGAUGAAGACAUCUGUAAGCUGUACUGCAUUGCAGAGGACUACGACUUCUUCUUUGCCAUGUCCAGCAAGGUGAAAGACGGCACACCGUGUUAUGACCAUAAAGGAGACGUGUGCGUUGACGGAGUGUGUGAGGCUGUGGGCUGUGACCGGAUUCUGGGCUCUAAGGCCUUUGUUGAUGCCUGUGGGGUCUGCAAGGGCGACAACUCCACAUGCAAGUUCUUCAAAGGCCAGUACACCCUCCAGCACCGGGCCAACGAGUAUUACUCUAUGGUGACAGUUCCAGCUGGAGCCCGAAGCAUUCGCAUUCAGGAAAUGGAAGUGUCCACCAGCUACCUGGCCGUACGCUCCCUGAAGAGGAGGUACUACCUGACCGGAGACUGGACUGUGGACUGGCCGGGGAAGUUCCUCUUUGGUGGGACCGUGUUUGACUACCAGCGCUCUUUCAACAAGCCAGAGAGCCUGUAUGCGGCUGGACCAACUAAUGAGACACUGGUGUUUGAAAUUCUUCUUCAGGGCCAGAAUCCAGGGGUGAUGUGGGAAUACUCCCUAUCCCGCACUGAGAGGAAACCUGAAUACAGCUGGGGCGUGGUGCGCUCAGACUGCUCCGCUCCCUGUGCUGGAGGUCGUAUCUCCACCAAAGCUAUCUGUCUCCAGGACCAAAAGACUCAGGUCAACUCCAGCAUGUGUAACCCACACAGCAGGCCGACGCUGGGCUCCCAUCUGUGCAACACUCAGCCCUGCCCUGCAUACUGGGCAGCUGCAGACUGGGGGCCCUGCAGCCGCUCGUGUGGCGGAGGUCAGCAGACCAGGACCCUGCGCUGCCUCAGGAAGGUGACCUACCAGAGGGAAGAGGUGGUGGCGCUCUCCCUCUGCCCCGCCAUCUCCCCCGCCCAGAUCCAGCCGUGCAACACCCAGGCCUGCCCGCCAGAGUGGAGCACUGGAUCCUGGUCACAGUGCUCCAAGUCCUGCGGCCGAGGCCUGAGGAAGCGGAGCGUUUUUUGCCGCAGCACUGAUCCAGGCAUCAAAGCCGUGGUGGUGCCUGACAGCAUGUGCAAGCAGCACCACAGACCCAAAGCCCAGGAGACCUGUGUCCUGCGGCGCUGCCCCAGGAACGAGAAGCUACAGUGGAUGCUCACUCCCUGGGAAGAGUGCUCCAGGUCCUGCGGUUCUGGCAACCAGAGGAGAGAACUUCGCUGUGGGGAGAGGGACGCGCAUGGAGGGUUUGUCGAGUUCCCCGUUCGGAGGUGCAGGAACUUAGCCAAACCGUUGGUGGAUCUCCAGCAGCUCUGCAAUCGAGGUCCGUGCCAGGAGCUGGUUCCUGGAAGAGCGUCCAGCACCGUCGUGUUGGGCUGGUACUCGUCUCCAUGGCAGCAGUGCUCCGUGUCCUGUGGAGGAGGAGUUCAGACUCGCAGCAUUCAGUGUCUGCGGCAAGGUCGCCCUGCAGCCGGCUGCCUGCCGCACCAGAAGCCCGUCACCUCCAGAGCGUGCAACACGCACUUCUGUCCUGCAGCGCAGCGCCCCGGCACCCGCGACACGGCUGCUCGGCUCACAGUGAAAGAAGAACUUUGCGUGGAUCAGUUCAGCUGGUGCCACUUGGUUCCCCAACAUGGUGUUUGUAACCACAAGUUCUAUGGACAGCAGUGCUGCAAGUCCUGCUCCAGCAAGAAGCCAUAGGACUCAGACGUUUGAAGGACCGCAGCGGCCAGCAGCGAUGUGGGUUUUCUUCCUGGAGUACUUGACCAGUGCGUUUUGUAUAGAAGAAAGAGAUGAACUCUGUCGAUGCUCUUCUGCCAAAAACAAAAAAAACGGCUGACUGACUACAAAUGAACUGGAAAUACAUUGGAAAACAGAUCUGAAGACUUGUUCAUGUAUUCAUGAGUUGUGAUUUUUGUUCCUAGAAAGCCAUCAUGCAACCAGCAAAGGAAUAUAGUGUAGUUUAGCUAUAUAUAGAUACGACUAUAUGUACUACGAUAGCUCGUAAAGGAGCUACCAUGGUAUAGCUCGCUUAUAUGUUGUAUAUUGAAAGGCAUCUGCUCUAUUCGUCUUUAUUUAAGUUAUUAUGGGUCCUAAAAUAUGCCUUCUCAAAAGUAUCAGUGGAGCAGUGUUGUGUUCUCUGCGUUUUGGUGUGAAUCAAAGGUUUGUGCCGCUCACCUCUGGAUGAGACGUAGAGAUUUCGGCUGAGCGUGUCCUUCCCCACGUGCUCUGUUUCUCUCCCCUAUCGCCAUGGUAAAUAGCAUGAACAUCUACCUGUAUUUUUCUUCUUCCUCUUUUCUGUGGUCUCGCCAUCAAUUUCAGCUGAAAUGAGGUGAAUAAUGAAGAGAAUGUCUGCAGGCCUUUGGGAGACGAGAGGAGGAUGAGGAGGCAAAAGAGAGGAUGAUUGCGGGGUGAGCGUGGGCACAGACUAGUCAGGUUUUGAUUGAAAAGGGAGAACAAACGUCCAGGUAAAGUGUGGAUUCUCAGCAGGUGGAAACAAAAGGAGACAGGUUCGGUUUGAUGUCUCAAAACGAUAAAGAAGACAACACAAAAAUGCCUGAAAAAGAAAUGAAGCAUAGAGAGCUCUUUUUAUGUGGAUGCUUGGCCUUCUCUCUUCUAUCCAGUCAGUCGUGCUCACUGAGAAGCUUCCAGAAGCUGGUCAGCCUCCGAAUACUGCAUAAAUGUCUCAUGUUUGCACCAGUGUCUAAUUGGGAUUAACUGUGAUCACUCCGAUCCCGAGGUCAGGAUUCCCAGAGGUACACUUUUUCAGGAAACUUGAACAUUUUUAAAAAUGUAUCUAGAUUUGAUUUACUCCCACAAACACACAAAAACGUUCCAACAUCAAUUAAAUCACAACACAAGUUGUCUUUGUUGUACCUUCUAACAGUAACUGGAUAAUCUCAUAUUUCAUUUGAAAAAUAAACAUAUUUGGAAAUGAA